AUGACGUCCAUUGAAGUUCAACAGUAUUUAGAGGUUGAUGGCCUUCGUCAAUUGACGCGUCAACAACUUGGCAGCCUGGUCAACCCUCCUACGAGCGCCAGUGCCCGGAAGGGGCGCCCCAAUCGAUCCGACGGGCUUCUGAAGCUGUACGGUAUCACCAGAGCCGAUCUUGUGGCUGCGCAACGGCGGAGACAGCGAGGCAUCCAACCUCAUGACGGCAGGCGGAUUCUUCUGGCGCAUGAGCGUGUAGCUUUGACAAACUGGCUAGAGACCUGCAGUGAGAAGCGUGCGUGUAAGAGCCGUGGCAUGAUCGUGGAGGUUGUGUGCGAGCUUCUUGAGAUUCGUCGCAGUGCCCGAGAGGACGCACUCAAUACGAAUAGCGAAUUGCUUGAUCGGAUUCCCACACUCAGCUCUGCUGAGCUUGCUCUUCUUGCUCGUCAUCAAGAGGCCGAAAGCUCGGACAACCCCAUGAGCCAGGCGCGUUUGAGCAAUGACUGGUUUCGAGGAUUGGAGUCCGACUCGAACAUUUAUCUUACCACCGCGGUGACUCAGAAUCCAGCAAGAGUAACAGCCGCAACAGCCGAGGCUUGUACACGACAUUUUUCGAGUCUUGACGAGCUCUUGGCAGACCUUGACUUCGUUCAUCGCUCAGGGCGUCAUGCUGGCAUGAUCAAAACCAACUGUCUUGGCCGUAUCUUAUCCGUGGAUGAGAUGCCUGGUCUCCGUGCCGGAUUCACAAGGAAUGUCAAGGUGUAUUCCUCAGCCGACCGAACUGUAGAUCAAGGGUGUCUUCCCGGACGAACCUACAAUGAGACGAUCACGCUGGUUCUCAGCAUUGCAAUGGAUGGGACCGUGUUGCCGCCAAUGGUGAUUCAUGCAAAUCGUGGUCUUGGAGGAGACGAGGUUGGGCCGGCACAGCUCCCCGAAUCAAUCACGGGCAACCCAGACUAUUCGCAUUUUUUUUGCUGUUCAACGAAAAGUGGUUGGAUCAAUCGCCACCUCUUCGUUGCCUUUUGUCGACGAAUCAGAUCUUUUCUCGGGCAUACCGAGCCCAUUAUUCUGCUUUCGGAUGGACACAGCACCCGCAUGUCGCUUGCAGUCACCAACUACCUUCGCUCGAUCAACAUUUUUUUAUUUUUGAUCCCCCCGAAUACGAGCCAUUGCCUAUCCCCGAAUGAUCAAUGGCAUCAACAUAUCAAUCGGACACGUAUUUCUUAUACACUGCGCCAUUCACGGCAGCUAGUUGGAGAGGCAGCCACCCUCGACGAGGAAUUGUGUGCUCUUUAUUUUGCCAUCCACUUUCAAAGCAGUCAAGUCAAACGGGUACAGGCUGCCUUCCGCCAUGCAGGCAUUACGCGCUUGGAGCGAGCUGUUAGACACAUGAAGAACCAACCCUCACACGUUGAACCCGAGGAUACAGCAGUGACGCCUCCCCAAAGCCCGGCAAGCACGCCAUCUGGUUCAAGCACUCCGAGGUCAAACACAACGCCGCAGCCACUGGUACGGGUUUGGGACGCCAAUUGGAGUCUUGAUGAAGGCCGGGCGCACUUCGAUCGUCUGGCUGCGAGUUUUUCGCGCCUUGAAGAGCGUCAUCAAGAUAUGAUUCGCUCAACGCCGCGUCAGCGCCGCCUACUCGAUCGCAUCACGCCUCAAGAGCGGUCACGACGGCGACGUGCCCCCAUUUUUGGGCCAAUGUCAUCGGGGCCAAGCGCCGCAGAUCUCGAAGGGCGUGAGCGGCGCCGUGUUCAUCUUCAUGCGUCGAGGGAACGACGAGCAGCAAGAGUGGCAAAUGAAGCUGAUCUACGUGCUGCUUUGAACGUACAACGCAUCACGAUUGCCAACCUGAAAAGCUUCUGUCGAUCGCAUUGCCUCGGCACGACUGGCAGCCGUGCCGAGCUCAUCGCACGCACGAGGACACAACUCGAGCCCACAGCCCCAAACCACUCCCUCAUCGCCAGGCAGGCCAGCUGGGGAGGUAUUCGAGCCUUUGGCACCCCCUUUGGCGCAGAUUGA